AUGUGGCUCGCGCGCGUAAUCGCGUUAUCCGCGUGUUUUAUCACCGCGAGGUGCAUCAAUCCCACGGACGAAAAUUACGCACAUACGAUCGAUUACCUGCAGAAAUACGGAUAUCUGACCGAAGAUGUGGACGCGUUUCUGGCUCAGAGACGAAACGACGUUCUUCGUAACGCCAUCGAGGAAUUUCAACGAUACUAUGGUCUGCCCGGCGAUGGAACGCUCGACAACCAAACACUGCAAUUGAUGCGUAAACCGCGAUGUGGUUUCCAAGAUAUCCUGAAGCACGGAACGAGAGCGAGUCUAUCCAAAUGGCCGAAGACUCACCUGACGUGGGUUUUUUACGUAGUCACUCAGGGCGAGUUGAAUACCGUGCUGUCCGCGUUCGACCUGUGGUCGCAGCAUUCGGCAUUGAUGUUCGAACGCUCCGAAACGAAUCCUGACAUUAUAAUAUCUUGGCGAACCCUACAUUACGAUAACACAAAUAUCAACGUAAACGGCCCAAAUUGCUCGGCCAAAUUCGACGGUCCCGGUAACGUGCUCGCCCACGCGUAUUUCCCGACGGACGAAACGGGGUUCGUCUCCGAGGUACACGUCGACGGGGACGAGCCGUGGCAUAGGAAUCCUAUGCGAAUCGCUCACGGGACCUUGACGUGUAAACAUCUCUCGCGUGUCGCUCCUGCCUGUUGA